AUGAAAGCCACUACAGCGGGUUUCCUGUCUUCCUUGGCCACCUUGGCAGCAGCCGCCCAGUCCGAAAGGACUUUUGCCGUGCUUCGUUUUGACGGAGAUGGGUUCAUGACUGAGGGAAGAGUCGAUCCCAUCGUCAGCCCGGGUACCGCUGCCAGUCAUUUCCACGGUAUUAUGGGCGGAAGCAGCUUUGGCACGACUGUUGACGGCGACCAGCUGCUCUCAUCGAGCUGCACCAAUGCCAAGAUCAAGAACGAUCGAAGCAACUAUUGGGCUCCCGAGGUCUAUUUCCGUGAUCCUAACAAUGGCACCUUUACCAAAGUGCCCCUGUUCUACAUGAACGUCUACUACUUCUUUGAGCCUACGGAUGACGAUAUCGAAGCAUUCCCCGUCGGCCUCAAGAUGUUUACUGGCGACGCCAAGACAAGAGACCCUCCCGCCUUUGGUGGCGGAAGCAACCUCGAUCCCGACGCCGGCCCCAUUCAGAACAUCCAGUUCACCUGUCCGCGGUCAAGCUACGACCCGCCUUCUUACCCGACGGACUCUGACGGAACGACAGCCGGAAUGCAAGAUCCCCAGAACAAGGGUGCAGGAGCUGGAUUCCCUCUCUACCCUUGUGAUGGAUAUGCUUCUCCUCUGCGGGCAGAUAUUCAUUUCCCUUCCUGCUAUAACCCAGACGCGGGAUUGGACGACUACAAGAACAACAUGGCGUGGCCCACCAUCACAAACUUCAAGCAAAACUGCCCGUCUGGUUGGAUUCACGUCCCCCACAUCUUUUUCGAGCUUUACUGGAACACGCCCAUGUUUGAUGACCUGUGGACUCCGGAUGGCAAGACGCAGCCCUUUGUCUUGUCCAAUGGAGAUGCUACUGGAUACAGUCUCCACGGCGACUUUAUUGCCGGUUGGGACCUGCCCACGCUCCAAACCAUCAUUGACACGUGCAAUGCUGGUGAUAUCGGCAUGGACAAGUGCCCCAACAUCCCGGGCGGCCUCAACGACGACAACGACUGCAAGAUCAGCUCCCCUAUUGUUGAAAUUUUGAGUCUCAACGCGGCCUUGACUGCGCUUCCCGGUGACAACCCAUUGACGGGCUGGAGCUUUGGCGGAUCGAGUGAUAGCGGCAGCAGUGCGUCGAGCAGCAGCGCGACAGGCUACGCGACAGCGUCUGUCGACCAGUCGAGCACCUCGGCUUCCAGCAGCGCACAAGAAACCACCUACGCCGUGUCACUGGCAAAUUUGGAUGGAAAGAAGGGCGAGGCCGCGUCAACCCAACCUACUGCUGCGCUGCCCACAGAGGCAGCCGUCUCUGCCGUUGCCAAUAAUGCUGGCUACAACACGGUUGUCAUUGAUGGCACUGGCAUUCCCGUCAGCACUGUUUGGGACAUUGUCACGGCAACUGAGACGCAAACUGUUUGGGUCGAGGAGACUGCGCCGGCCAAGCGUCAGGAAAAACACGCCGGUCACAUUGCCCGGCACAGACGCUCUGGUCACUUUCAUCACUGA